AUGAGAUUCCACGUUUUUUUAUACAGCUUACCUUAUUUGGCUUGGGGAUGCAAGAAUUGCACGUCGAGCGUCGAGUUAGGUGAAAACGUAGAGCAGACCAUGCCUGUCACAUGUCACAUGAGCUUGUGCAGGUCACACGUCACAGGAGCCACAGCUUCAAGAUCAAUGUGGCUCUCUUCACGACGGGGGUUCGGUCGGUUUUCGUGGGCCAAAGAAACCUUGCAAGGUGAUGGUCGUGUAGCAGGGCUCCGAAAAGCCCCCCCGCAUCAUUUUGCCUCAUAA